UCGCCGGUGCACCGUUGGUCCAUCACGACCAUCCCGACCAUCGUCACAGCAGGUCACAGUCCUAUCAGGUCCUGUCCCCGCCGACUCCCCGGUAUAUGACGAUGGGGAGGAUGGAACGAGAUUCAAUAUGUGAGAUGAAAGAUGGGACUCAAGUUUAAAAGCUCGUCCAUAAUAUUCUGGACUAAUCCAGAAGAAAUCUCAUUGUCUUCACUUCGACGAACCUCCUACCUAAGCUCAAACAGAUCUUUGAUACUUGUACUCCUGCUCGUCCUGCGUCUCAGUUAACAUGGCCUCCGAACUCCCUCUCGUAGUCGUAUUCGGCGGAAGUGGAUUUGCCGGAACGUCUAUCGUUAGUGCUCUCAUCGAGAGCAAGGACUUCCGCGUCAAGAUCCCCGUCCGACCGUCCUCCAUCUCCAAACCCACCGUCACCAAAUUCCUCGACUCAGCUCCCGACCGCGUCAGCAUCGUCCCCAUCGACAUCGGCACCGCCUCUCCCUCUGCCCUCAGAGAAGUCGUACAAGGCGCAGAGGUAGUGUUGUGCACACUGGUCUAUGAUCAGGUGGACUUGCAGAAGAAGUUGGUCGAUAUCUGUGUGGAGGUGGGGACCGUGAAGAGGUUCGUGCCGAGUGAUUGGGCGAGUGCGGGGGUGAAGGGGGUUAGAUGGUUGUUUGACAAAAAAUUGGAGAUUAGGGAGUAUGUGAGGAACUCAGGUCUUGGCUAUACCUUCAUCGACACCGGCUUCUGGCAUCAAGUCCUCUUCCGUCCACUGACGCCUGCAGGUCUCAUAUACCCCAUCUUCUGGGAAGGCUCCAAGAACAUUUACAACGGUGGAACCGUGAAGACGGCGUGUACCGACCAUGGCGACAUGGGGAGGUUUGUGGCAAGGAUCAUUAAAGAUUCGAGGACGAUGAAUCAAUAUGUUUUUGUUUGGGCCCAGGAGGUGACACAGUCGGAGUUGCAGGCAUUAGCACAUGAACUAGGCGAUCCCACCCUCGAGGUCAUACCCCGUGACACCGAAUACGUCCUCUCCAAGAUCGAAGAAACCAAACUCGCAAACGACUACGAAAGCCUCGCCUACUGGCAGUACCACCACUCCCUCUGGAUCCUCGGAGAGAAUCUCGCCUCUAACGCUGUGAAGCCGGAGUUCGGCGGUGCAUUGGACGCGAAGGUGUUGUAUCCUGAUAUGGUCGCGGGGUUGAAAGGUGUGAGGGAGAGCGCGGUGGAGUACUUCGCGGGCGCGAAGGAGAGUUUAAAGGCGUGAGCCUGUCAUGUGUUGGCGGCGAGUGGAAGUCGUGGACAGGAGAGCUGAGCCCUGUGGCGGCAGGAAAGAUGGAGGUAUACGAGACAUGGGCCCGAGAGGCAGAACGGGCGGGAAACUGGGAACGAAAGACACCUAACUGAGGUAGCCGACGUGCGGUUGAGGUAGCUUACGUCGGUAUGAUACCGCGACUGAGUAGUGCUCCGUGGACAGACUGAAUCUAUCCCUCUUUGGACGAAUCUUUUUGGCCGAAGUGGAGAAUGCAGGUUGUUUACAUGCACCGAAGCGCCACACUGCCUCGAGGAACGCAAGAUCCCUCGAGCCUUCUCUUCCACGACAGCUCUUCAAAGCCCUUGAGCGGGCCGAAGGAUUCUU